AUGGAUAUCAUGGAGCAAGAAAACAUGCAAUUUCUUGGUAUCUUUGGUGUCUAUAGAGAAGCGUAUAAGAUCAUGAUCUUUUCAUGGCGGAAAAUCUUGAGCCAGAUUACCCUGGCCUUGGUCAUCCCUCUAUCUUUCAUCUUCUUGGUUCACAUGGAAGUCUCGGAUCUUCUCUUCUCGAGGAUCAUCCACAACGAGAUAGUCUUGGACGAAACCAGAGCCGGAACUCCAAAACACAACAAGGUCUCAGAUGUCGUCAACUCCGAAUGGAUCACUUUCUGGCUUUUCAAGGUUGCCUAUUUCACUUUCCUCCUCAUUUUCUCCCUCCUCUCCACCUCCGCCAUCGUUUACACCAUUGCAUGCAUUUACACCGGCCGGGAAGUAACCUUCAAGAAGGUCAUGAGCGUUGUCCCAAAGGUCUGGAAACGGCUUAUGGUCACUUUCAUCUGCACUUACAUCGCCUUCUUCGCUUACAACUUCGUGGCUAUUCUGAUCGGGAUCAUAAGCGUAUUUGUCCUAAUUGAUUCUGAAUCUAGAUAUUUUCUCCAAAUUUUAAUAGCCAUGGGGAUCUUGUACUUGGUGGGAUUUGUGUACAUGACCAUAGUUUGGCAGUUAGCCAGCGUCGUGACAGUUUUAGAAGACAGCUGUGGAGUUCAAGCAAUGCUGAAAAGCAAGGCGCUGUUGAAGGGGAAGAUGUGGGUGGCCACAGUUAUAUUUUUUAAGCUCAAUUUUUCUCUUGCAAUCAUACAGAUAGCUUUUUGUAAGCUUGUUGUUCAUGGCUGGCGUCUGGGUAUGGCGAGCAGGGUUGGAUAUGGGAUUAUCUGUUCGUUGUUGCUUUUCAAGUUGGUGCUUUUCGGGCUUAUAAUUCAGACAGUGAUAUAUUUUGUCUGCAAAUCCUACCACCAUGAAAACAUCGACAAGUCGACUCUCUCGGAUCACCUUGAAGUCUAUCUUGGAGAGUACUAUGUUCCUCUGAAGGCCAAGGAUGUUCAGCUCGAGCAAUUCGAUGUUUGA